GAUUCCAACUGGACUGGCCAGACUGUCACUUGCGCAAAUCGCAAAACAAAAAUAGUUCCCAAAGUUUGCCUAAUUUUCGGUGAAAUUAUCCCGAGAAUCGUGCUCAAUCGGACACCAUCAGCAGUGAAUUUGUGCCGAAAAUGUUUUGGGAUUGUUGAGUCAUCCGAGGCAAUUGGGGUUCUAGUGAAAAAAGACUAUCCUAAUUUGUUUGUCUGGCCGAGAAGCCCCUGAAGGUGUAAAACUUUGUUGUCAUUCGUGCUGACUUGCAUCAAGCGAAAAUUCUAUCAGCGAGAAGUGAAAAGCAGACGACGGAAAGCGAGGUACACUCUCUCUGUGGGUAUAUUGGGUGGACUUAAUCUUCCACUUUUAGGGAAGCUUUUUGAACGGGGUGACAUUGCUGUGCUAAUUAACCAGCAGACGACGACAACGACGAGAGAUAGUAGUGGUACCCCGCACUGUUCCGUUGUGUUGGUGUCGAUCGAAGAGAGCACCUGAUCGGAACCUGGAAUGGCCUCCACUAUGCAGCUCGAGUUCGGUCAGGCAAUGUCGGACUUCAAGAAUAUGUUCCCGGAAAUGGACCGGGACGUGAUAGAGGCGGUGCUGAGGGCCAAUCAGGGUGCCGUUGAUGCGACAAUCGACCAGCUGUUGGCGAUGAGCACCGAUAAUCAGAACGAAAAGUUACGCCAGGAGUUGGACGGUGAUACUGGAAGGACUGCACCGACAGCUGGCAUCAAUACUCCGGCAGGCGGAGCGCUUCUAGAUCUAACUAGCAAUACUCCAGCAGCGGUGUCAGCACUUCUAAGCACUUCCCCAAAGUCUUCAGCCUUGGGUGCCUCGCCGAAGAUUAAAAAGUCUCCCGGAAGCUCCAGUGCAACGGGAAGUCCUCGAACAGCAGCACCGGCUCGCGAAUCGGAGCUUACCAACAAAAGCAAAUGGAAUCCACCGAUGUUGGGUCCAUUGCCACCCACCUUCCUGCGGCUGUCGGGUGAAUGUUCCCGUAAUACCGAAUUCGAUCUUGGCGACGAGCAGUUCGCGAUGAUGCUUCAGAACGAAGAAUUCAUGGCCGAGCUUCGGUGGAAUCAGGAAUUUUUAUCGGCACUGGAGAAGGAUCACCAAGGAAAGGUGUCGGACGAUGCGGCCUUCAAGGAACGGCUACGCCACAUGGGCAAAAUAUCUCGGAAGAAGUUUACCCAACUGGCUCGAGUCUUCACAUGGCAACGCGGAGGCGCAAAGAAAGCGAAUGCCGUUAGACAUCCAGACUCGCUACUUCUACAGGAAGAGCACAGCGACGACGAUGAACCGAAGAAAGCCGCCAAGUAGAUACUGGAGUUGAGAUUCGAAGGCUAUUUGGGGAACUGCAAGAAAAAUACAUCGCGGAUUGACUGUAGGAAGAAGCGAAAUUCAUUACGAGAUUUUACAUUGAUUAUAUUUUUGUAGGGAAUAAGGCUGUUAUAUUUUUCAAGUACGCGUUUGAAUAUUUGAGGCGUAUUAGGAAAAAACAAGAUUUCUAGAAACCCCAAAUCAAGGACUGAGCAAGUGAGUGGACUUUGUGGUCAUAUCAGUGUAAAGUUUGCGUUUUAUUUUUUUUUCAAUUUCAUCGCUACGCGUGCAAUCAAUUUAAUGCAUAGAGUUUAGUUUAGUUAUCUUAAGUUGUACUAUUUAUUCAUAUACACUUAAGUUCAGGUCUUUAUAUUUAUUUGUACAUAGUCACAGAUUGUUUAAAUGAGUUCUUCCUUUUUAAUUGUCUUAGAGUAGUUUUAGAAAGAUCUGCAUUUGGGUCUGGUGAAAAGAAAUUUUUAGCAAAACCGCUGACAAACUUUAUGUAAUGUACCGUUAAAAUUCGCAAAAAAAACGAGUCAUUAAGUGUGAGAUUCGAAAAAGUUUUGUCAAGUCAUAGAUUGCAUGUUAAACAUAUAUUUUGAAACAAAAAAAAAUACCUUCAUUAAAGUCGAUUCAAACCGAUAGAUCUGUACAACUCUUACAGCUUAAUGCGAUAAAAUCAACUACUAGUCAUCAUCUAAAUAAUGUAAAACCAUACCAGAAGGCAAAGAAUCUAUUAUCUUACAGAAAAUAAAUUCAAAACGGACAUUGAGCCAACAAUGAAAAUGAUUAUAAUAAUAAAGAUAAACAUAGAAACAGAAAUAAGUGGUAUGUCCCGAGCCUAAUAGAUCUGAAUAGGGUGAUCACGACACGAUAACUGAAGGCAUAAUAGUUCAAUAGAAUAAUAGCAAGACAAAAAUUUGUUUCUAGCGCCGUUAGCAUUAAUUUAGAGAGAUGUAUGGGUUUGUUUUGCUGGUUUUUGAUUUUCGGUAAUGAUAUCCGCAGAAAGAUAGAGAUGCCAAUUGUUAGCGAAUAUCGACGAGUGAACGUAGCUUUGGACAAGAAAAAAAAUCACAAAAGCAACGCUGAACAUACACCCAAAUAUGGACUUCCUUAAGGUUAUCAAUGAAAAAUUUAAAAAAAUAUAUAAAUACAAGCAAAAUUUAACAAAGGUAAAACAACGGUAGGAAAAGUUGCAAAUUUUACUCCAACUCUCUUGAAAACAGCAAUCAAUCUUACAAACUGCUUUCGAACUCAAGAUUGUUAUAUUUCGGUAAACAAGUAUAAAAAAAGGUCAAAUUAGUUAAGUUACAUAUUACAUAUUUCAGGUACCUGUAAGUCAGUUUGAGACACUUUCGAAUAGAUUACCAUUUAAGUUUUCUUUUUUGGUUAAGCUACUUUCUAGCUUUACAGUGUGAGCAACAAUCAACGCUGCUGAGAGUUGUGUAAUACAUCUUUACAAGCUCUAAUUUGCGAUUUUGACAGUUUCGCGCGGUCAAACAAACUAGCAAUAUAUACCUUCUGUGUGUGUUAUGCCCCUACUUACAGAUAAUUGCAGAGAUGACAGGAAAAAAGAGAGAGCAGUCAGCUUCGAACGAUAGCAAAAUAUAACUUCUACCCAUCUCAGAAAUAUUUUGAAAAUAUCUCGACAGAAAAAAAAAACACUAGAAAGCAACCAUAAGAUACAUUGUAAUACAUGUUAUUAUUUUACUCAAACAU